AUGGAAAGCACCUGGAGGGAAGACGUGCUGAAGGAACUGAGAAAGAUAGGAAAGAGUGUGGAAGAAAUAAGAAAAGAGCUGAAGCGAGAAAUGGCAGGAAGGGAACAGGGAAAGCAAGGUACAGAGGAAAUAGACGACAGGGACAAUAGAAAAGGGGCAGAGGAAGAAGACACAGAAGAUGGGAGAAAAGAGAGGAAGGGCAAAAAUGGAGGUAAGGGCAACAUGUUUAGAAGUGACUUCAAAGAGCAGAGUGAAGAAAAAGUAAAAGGGGAGGAAGGAGAAGAGACGCUGCUGAAGAAAAAAAAACGAGAUACUGACAAAGGAGAGAGAAAAAGGAGAGAUGGAGAAUGGAACGGAAAAAAGAGGAAGAGAGUGUGUGGAGGAGGAUGGUGA